AUGGCAUCCAACGCCGAUAGUCCUUUCGAGCCAUUCGAUGUGCAUCAUGGUGAUGCGAGGUUCACAAGAAUAGUCCGUGAACUGAAUGCGAGGGCAUUCUGUAGUCAGGAAGCGGCCAGAGGAACCACUUCCAUCUUGUCAGCCCCGUUUGUGCGAAAUUUCAUCGAUACGUUUAAAGCUCAGCCCAUUACCACUGGUGACCUGGUUCGGGCCUUAGUGAACUACAAUCAUCUUGCGCAUAAGCUUUACCAUUACUCUGACUCUCUUAUUUCCCAAGCUAUCUCUCUCCUCAACUUCUAUUUCCCUGAAGGAUCACCUUCACCGCCUGCCACACUCCUCAGCAAGGUCCCCCAAACUAUCACAAAUCAUAUAAAGUUUACCAAAUGGGGCGAUGGGUUACCUCCGGAUCCUGAACCAGCGCUUCCACAGGAAACAGUCCUUCUCAGACUGCGCGGGCUAUUCGCGGGUGUGGAGGCCCUAUGUGAGGUGAUAGAUGAAGUCCAACUUUGGGAUUUAUUUCAUUUUCUACCCAUUCUGUAUGGAUCCAACAUGGGGUUUCGGGUGACCAGUGCGUAUAUGGCAGCAAGAUGUGAGGAUGAUAUGGAUAGGAUGGUAGGAGCUGUGCAGAGAUGGCUAAGCGAAAGUAAUAUCGACCAGUAUGAAAGUAUAUUUCAGGAGCUUCAGUGGUUAAUGGAGCCUGAUUCCGUGACGAUACAGGUCGGUGUUGAUCGAUAUAGGAGGGGCAACAACCCAAGAAGAAGAAUGAGCUACCACUCUAAGUAG